GCCCCGCGAGAGGGAGGCCCCUUCCCAAGAUGGCGGCGCCGGCAUGUGCCGGCGGCCUGCGCGCCGCGUGACGUGGAAAGCCCCCAGGAUGGCGAUGCUGGCGGAGCCCCGUAGGAAGCAGAAGUGGUCUGUGGAUCCCAGAAACAGCGCCUGGAGCAAAGAUGAUUCCAAAUUUGGUCAGAAGAUGUUGGAAAAAAUGGGAUGGUCUAAAGGAAAGGGUCUUGGGGCUCAGGAACAAGGAAGCACAGAACAUAUCAAGGUUCAAGUGAAAAACAACACACUUGGGUUGGGAGCUGCCAUCAGUUAUGAGGACAACUGGAUUGCUCAUCAGGAUGACUUCAACCAGCUUCUGGCUGAACUGAAUAGUUCCUACGGGCAAGGUGAAACAGAGUCGCCAGCCAACGAACCAAAGAAAACAUUUAGCCUUGAGGAGAAGAGUAAAUCCUCCAGGAAACGUGUUCAUUAUAUGAAAUUUGCAAAAGGCAAGGAUCUCUCUUCCCGCAGUGAAGAGGACCUCUCCUGUAUUUUUGGGAAACGACAGAAGAGUUCGAAGACUCAGGAGGACACCUCCAGUGCUGAUUCACAGGAAGACAACCAAAACGAAGACCCUGGGGCACCUGAGCCAGUGGACAAUACGGUGACCAGCACCCUCACAGUACAAGAAUAUUUUGCUCAGCGCCUGGCCAAACUGAAGAAUUCCCAUAACGGACCAAAGACCAAGGUAGCUGAUCCUUGCACAGCUGCAGCUGAAGUCUCUGAGCUUUCAGAAGGACUGAAAACCAAACCCAAAAAGAAAAAGAGAAGCCACAAAGAGGUCGAGGUAGAAAAUAUAGUUGAUUACGAAGAAGCAGUGGUGAAACGCUCUAAACUAGAGGGACUGAAUGGAGAAAAACUGGAUGCUUCAGACGCUGAAAGCCAAAUAAAGAAGAAGAAAAAGAAAGCUAAGAAAAGAUGCCAAGACAGAGACGAUAGUUGUAACGGAGAGCCUUGUGUGCUCCCAGGUGUAGGAGAGGCUUACACUGGAAUAUCUGACAGAGAGGAUACUGGGGUAAAAGACUCGGGGGCAAAACGGAAGAAAUGGCAUAAGAAAAAACAGAAAAAGCAAAAAAAAGAGGCAGCCGAAUCUACUGAAGACCGAGUGCAGGGGAAGAAAAAGAAGAAACGUUUGAGCUAACUUCGUGAGGACUUUAAGUGCAGAACGAAUUGCAGAUUGAUGUGUUGAAUAGGAAACCUUCUGUAAACUUGCUAGCCAGACCCCAAAACAUUGUUAAAUCCUCCUGUCCACAUCAGUACUGAAACCACAGGCUGUUUAAAUCACAGCUCUUGCUAGCAGGGUGGAAAUGUAGCAUCCCUGGGCAGCAUGGCCCAUGUCACAAAGUGCACAGUGGGGUGGGUUUGGACCUCUGCAGCAUGGUUUUGUAAAAAUAGUGAGGCACUUGCCUAUUCUGGCAUUGCCAUCCAUUACACCUCCACUCUUCUACCAAGAGCUAUGUAUUAGCACAAAUAACUUGGACUCACUGCUCCAUUGAAACCACUCCCCAGGUACUAGUGUCAGAUGAGAACAAGCCUGACUUGAGCUGUGAUGAGGGAGGGCUUUUAUGCAAGCGAAUGCCUCCACGUUGCUAGCCAGUACCCCCUGCUGACUACUCUCUUCCCAGCCUGGGAAAAAAUGGAAACCACUUGCAUUUUUUUUUCCUUACCAUCCCCAUUUUCACUUAUACUUGCCAAGCUUUGCCUUCUGUGAGUCUGAGCAUGUGCCACAUAGCUGCAUGUAACCUUUUCAUUGAUUUCCUUUUAUAUCUAACAUGAAGUUUGCUUCCUCUUAAAAUACUUGGUCUAAUUAAAGGAUUAUACUUGUGUGUCAGUGCUGGAGAAUGGAGCAAAAUCGUUCCUUUUGUUUCCUGGCCAGUAAUUAAUUAUUGCCAAGCGUGUAAAAUGUUAUUUAAGAAGGACUUGCUUCUAGUUUUGCAUUAGCCCUAUCCACAUAGCUUUCCUUGGACUCCCAGGUCAUCCAUCUGGUCUCUUACAUAGACUCGCUCCACGUUCACAUUGUCGCAUUCGCUAGAGCUUUGUAUGUGGAGCACUUGUUACUGGAGGGGUAACAUAGGAGAGCCCAUUGUUUUGGGUUUUGUAGUUUUUUUAAAGUGAAAAUAGCUGGUCACAUGCAUAAGUGGAAGUAUUGCCAUUUGCACAAUGAGAACUUGAUUUAAUAGGACAAUUUAGCCUUUAAAAUUUAUAACAAUUUGAAGUUGGUUUUGCAUUGUAAAGCAGAGAAUGGGUAACGAUGAGAAACUUGACCCCCAUGGAGCAGUUUUGUACUCAAGUGUUUAGGCACUUUUAUGCAAACAGAUAAGUAUCGCUGGGGAAGAAGGGGGGUGUUCCUGAUGGAUAUGAUGAAGCAGGGCAGAACCAGAAUAUAAAGGACUGUUCUCUCUGGGAGACUUUUACAAACCCCAGGCCUGGUCCUGGGUUCAAUUUACCCCAAGGCAACUUGCUCCGCUGUAGUCAGUAGGGUUGUGCUGGCAUAAAUCCAGACUACCUGAGUAGAGCCUGCCCUUACACCUUGCUUUGUUACAGCUGUGCAUUUGAUUCUGGGUCACAUGCUCUGUUUCACCAGCAAAAAUCUGGAGUAAGUCCACUAGCCAUGCCCUGACAGAUAAAAAGGGUAUAUGGUUUGGUUUUGCUUUUUUUUUUUUUUUCCUUGUGUUAGCUCAGCUGAGUUGGCUCAGUAUGGCUGGAAAGCCCCAUUAAGACUCAUGGAUAGCGUGCACGAACCUGCUUUAGCUGGCCAGGUUGUAACCAAGGAACAUUUCAGGCUACAGCACAUCCCACUAACAUGACUUGAGACAUCUUCACCGGGCUUUCUGACUGUGCGAAUUGACUUGAAAAAUGUACCCUUUUGCCCAUCAGGACGUAUCUAUUUGCUGCAGAAUUACUCCGCUUUACACUGGUACGGCUGCAGAGUUGUGGCCUUCUCUGUUUCAUGCUGUACUGUGUGGGGGCAAUUUUUAAAAAUUCUUUAAAAUUAAUUUCGGUAACAUUUAUUUUACAGUCUUGUGCAAAUAUGGACUGUCAUGAUGCUGCUGUGGCUACAUGACUUCCUUGAACAAAUCCUGUCCCUGGUAGCAUUAUACUGCAGAAUCCCCAAAAAAGCUCCUUCCUCGAGGUGCAAAAAACACUGCUUUCUCCAUGAAAGGGGUCGGCAAAGCCUUCUUUCAUGACUGCUCUUUUGUAGGGUGGGCCUGCUUCAAAGCAGCCUGGUAAUUUAUUGCUUGCUGUGAGAUUAUGGCGGGCUGGCUAUAAAUGGAAGGCAAAAUCUGACCUUUGACUUUGAUGUUUACCUCUUCAUUUGGCUGAGUUUUACAAGGCCGGUUUGCAAGUCAAAGGAGGCACUACUAAAGGAACGGACUCCUCCCCUCCCCCCCCCCCCCCCCAAAAAAAAUAAUAAAACCUUUUUAACUUGUUUUGUUCUCUAUUGCAGGCUUCACUGAAGGGCAAACUCCAGUGGAGACUUGUAUGGCCAGAGCCGAAUGUUGGAGAAAGCUAAUAUAAACUCCUUUAAAGUCCGUGGUUUACUACAGUUAAACAUAGUGCAAAUGAGAUUAAAAAGUGGUCCGAGAUUCUCUGUACAAAAAGAAACAUACAUUUUACGUUCCCCUGGGAAAUGUCUGUUUUUUUCCAGACCUGCAGUAUCUGGGCUCAGAGUUGGAUGGCAGGUGCAGUAUUCAGGCACUACAGUGCUUUUUUUAAUUUAUUUUUUAUUUUGGGGUGGUUUGUUGUUUUUUUUUUAAACAAAGGACCAAAAUUGGAGAAAGCAGUUGGAUUUGCCACUAUUCUUUUUGUGUUACUUCAGGCAGUCAGCUUUUGAGAAAUGGCUGUUUGAACAGGCACCGUGUGUUGCAAAAGAACAGCGUACAUUUUAUUUUUAAGUUGGCAGCAAGUCCAAGUUUGCCCCAGACUGGUUUUACAAAAAGAAACUUAACAAAUGUAGGAACAAUCGUUGCCUCUGUGGUGUGGCGAGUGGGGCGCUGUAAAUAUAUAGCCUAUUCCUGUGAAGAAAAAGAAAAUAGGAGUUGUCUAAAGCUAAACAUUCUCCUGCUGUGUUUGCAGCCCAAAAAUUGUAGCCUUAAGCUGGUUCAGCUGGAAGUGAAAUUCCCCGGGGACGCUGAACAAAGUGAUACUCCCCAAUCUGUUUUUACCUCCAAACUGAGAAGGGUGCAGAUACAGCAGCAAUUAGUGAAGAAGAACAGUUUAAAUAUGUUCCCAGCUUGAAUAACCUCAUGUCUUUGGACAAACACAGAAGAAUUUUGUUACACCUACAUACACUGGUUGAUUCCAAUGGCAAUGCAAAUUAUGGUGAAUUAUCCAGGGGUGCCCAGUUAUUAGCAGUGAAGUGCUGGAAGGAUAAGGGGGAACAGGCACUGGUGGGAAGUCAGGACAGCAGGGUGAAUGAUCUCAUGAGCAGAAUAACCAGAGUUUACACUAUGGCACCUUGUGAAAAUGGCCUUCGAAUUUUUUUUUGCAGGUGCAGCUUUGCACUUUGCUGUUAUGUUAGUAAUUUAACUGCAGGUGCCAGCACUGCUAGCAUUUUAACACUGAGCUCCAGGCUUUGCAGGUGUUGGGUGGGUAACUACUAGUAGAUGCUAACUGUUGUGCCCCCAAUUCAUUACGCUCCCAGUUAACUGCCAGCACAACCCUGUUUCAGCAAAGCAAAGAAGCCGUUCCCUACAUUCAGACCAGAGAGUUACAGACUCUCAGGGCCAAUUCUGCCCGAGUCAGACUUAACUUUGACUGGACUCUGCACUGAAUCAUAGAAAAUGAGGGUUGAGGGGACCUCAGGAGGUCACAUCUAGUCCACCCCCUGCUCAAAGCAGGAUCAGCCCCAACUACAUCAUCCCAGACAAGCUUUUCUCUACUCUAGUCUUCAAAACCUCCAAGGUUGGAGAGUCCACAACCUCUCUGGGGAGCCUGUUCCAGUGCUUUACUAGCAUCCUCAUGGGUUUUUCCCAAUAUCUAACUUCAACUUCCCUUGCUGCAACUUGAGACCAUUGCUCCUUGUUCUAAUCCUGCACUGGCAUGUAUUAUAAAUACUAAACUCACAUGUAGCUUUACUCAUAAGGAUCCAGUCAUGCCCAAGAAACUCUAGGAUAGGCCGUCCCAGGGGUAGGUGUGGGAUGAGAAGUUAAGAGGCGGGGUGGUUUUCUGGCAAAUGCUUUCUUUGAACUACUUCCCAAGGUUUCUUGCAGUGCUUUGCAGUGGACAUGGGUUAGUUCAAGGUAUGUAUGAUAACACCUCUUCUAUUUUGUCAUCCAAUACUGCGUAUGACUCUUUCCAUCUAGAAAGGUGUUCCCUUUUCCACGUGGUUUCCAGUUACUUAAAUUUCAUGACGGGCAAGACAGCCACAGGCAUUUAAUAUAGCAGCCUACGCUUGGGCUCCUCUGGCUCGUUUAGCCCCAUCUACAUUAAUUCACUUUCUCCUUUUUUAACAAAAAUGCAUUUUCUCUAAAAACACUUGCAGUGAAGAACAAAAAUUUAGUCUCUCACUGCAGAAUUGGCCAAUACGCUUCAGUUUAAAUGCAUUAGAUUGAAGAUCUUAAAGCACUGAGCUUCAAAAGGCACAAUUACGUCAAGAAACCUCUGAACCUGCCAGUAUUAAAAAAACAAAAAAAGAGGAAGGAAGUCGCAAAAAAGGAAAAUCAUACAGAGUCGGUUGGGAACAAGCCUGAUGCUGUUUCUUAAGAUGCUGCACAUUUUGUACCAGCGCGUCUUCAAAUAAUAUAAAGAACUUAGGAGAUCUUGGUAUCAGAGGUUUUCCUGUUCCUCCCUGGAUCUGAUUCCUAUACUGACACUGCAUAUAGCAUGUACCUGUGCUAGGUACUCAUUAUGAAUUGGCAAAUCCUUAUGUUAAGUAUAAGGAUUAACAUAAUCAGGGUUGUGAUUCCCUGCCCCUACCCCUUACAGUCUUAAGUAGAUGAGACAUGCAUGCAAGCUAAACGUUAGAGCCGUGCAACUGGUUGAUUUGUCUGUAAUUACUUGCAUGCCUCCUCCUGCCCCAAGCAACCUGCUACAUCCGUGGGCACCCACCUUUUCAGCAGGUGUGCCACAAAUUAGCCCUUCACCCACAAGUGCCACUGAUUUUCCCCCUUCCUCUGCCCGAUCUGCUGCUCUGCUUUCUGCUUCCUGCCCCAUCUGCUGCUGUUUCCUGCUUCCUGCCCUGUCUGCUUGUCUUCUCCCUGGUCUGCCAUGUGCCCCAGGUUGGACACCCCUGCACUACACGUUUGUUAACCCACCCUCCCAUUUCACAGACUUCUCGCUACGGAGACUGGAGUUGAGGCUGUGUGUGUGUGUGUGUGCACACUCCCCACCCCUGGGGCCUGGCCAACUGCCUUGAGGCCUGUUCCUGCUAUAGGGAGAUGAAAACCAGAUUUUUUUUUUCCUCAGCAAAAAAAAAAAAAGGGUUCUGGUUCAGAGUCUGAACAACAAUUUUCACCAAUUCCAGAGUUUAAAAAAUAAGAACGAUGUUGCAGUCACUUGAAACUUUCUUUUGCUUUGUAAUGUAUUUAUUUUUUUAACAAUAAGGAGGAAAUUUAGAAAGUUCUUUCAAACCAAAAGCAAUCGAAAGCUUGCGUUUUGAAAGUGGGACCCAUUGUUUUCAAAUUUUCUGGAAGCUGUUAUUUUCCCCCUCUGUAAAAAUUAAAUGAAAUUUUCAUUAAAACGAGCAGGGAUGUAUGAAGCA